UUGCCAAUCAGCUUGCCAUUUUGCUUCGCUGCUCCUCCAAUGAGCGGCAGCGACGAUGCUCUGCUGACGGCAGCGACGAAAAGCUGCACGCCCUUGAGCCAAACUUCCACGACUGCCAGCCGCAGUAAGAAGACGGUCUACUUGGUCAGGCAUGCGGAAUCCAUGGAAAAUGAACGCGUCCAAGCGUAUGUUCGGCUGCAGGGCGCGCUGCGCCGCGGCGCGUGGCCCAAGAGUGGCGACGUCGUGGCCUCGUUGCAGCUGCUGAACUUCGAUCUGGACACGCCACUCUCUCGACGUGGAGAAAGGCAACUGAAAGACGUCAGGGCGCAGAUUGAGGCUGCCUCCUUCAUUCAGCAGGCCUCCCUAGAGCUGCUGGCUGUGAGCCCGCUGCAACGUGCCAAGCGCACGGCCGAGAUGCUUUUCGACAACGAGGUUCCGAGAGUCGAGGUCAUGCCUUGCCUGGUGGAACGCUCGCCCUUAGAGGCGCUGGCGUGCACUGGGCGCUUUGAGGAUCGCGUCAAUGGCUUCAAGGACUGGCUGGGCAACAUCCCGCAGACUCGUGUGGUCGUGGUUGCUCAUUGUCAGUUUUUUUCCAAACUCCUCGGCAAAGGCUGUGGCUGGGACCGCUACUUGAGCAACGCGGAAGUGAAACGCUGCAGUUUUGACCCCGAGAUGGGCGUGUUUGAGGACUUGGAGGUGCUUUUCCAACCUGACGAGGGUAGUAGUGAUGAGCAGUGACAGAUCGGUACCGCUGGCGCAGCUUGUUCCCUGGCGCAAGGACGCAGUAGCUGGGACUUGCUGUGCUUUGCUUAGAGGUCUCACCGCUGGGAUCUACAGAUCAGCUUCGCAUCAUGGC